AUGGCGUCGUCAUCGCUGCUGGUGCGGCUGUGUCCCGCACCCGAAGCCGGCGAGAAGGCCAUACUCAAGCUCCACAGUUACUUCCAGUCAGAGAAGCGGUCGGGGGGCGGCGAGUGCGACGUGGGGGUGGGCGCCGAGCCCGGCACCUACUGGGUGCGCUUCCGGCAGGAGCGAGAUAAGAAGAGCGUGGAAUCCCGCACGGAUCACGUCUUGAAAAUCGGUGGCAGAUGCCUGAAGAUAGUCAUCCAGCCAGGAGAUGGGGAACUGAGCAAGAGCCAGUUUUCAGAGCAGGCAUCCCCCAGCCACUCCGCCUCUUCCAGCUCUUCCCCACCUCUGCAAAGGUUUGAGGAGCAGCAGGCAGCACGAAGCCAUGGAGACACAGCAACAGAAGUCAUUACCAAAAAGAUAUUUCUUACAGUAUCUGCAACUUUGAAUACCAGUAUGUUCACUGAACAGCAAAGGGAGAAAAUUACCAUUAUAUGUCCAAAUUUAAAGAGAGAAGGAAAUCCCGACAUUGAUGGCUUGGAGAAAUUGACGGGAGAUUUUACAGAUAUUGAAAAAGCUUAUGACUACUUUAAGGAUAUCCUUGCAGGCAAUGACCCAAACCAUGAUUUUUCACAUUCUGAAAGCAAGAAUGGUUUGAAAGAUGAAAAUGGUCUGAAUACUGAAGAAAUGUAUGAAUUUACAGUUCCAUCAGGUCUCUAUGAAUAUUUUAUUCAUACCUGCAAAGAACAAAUUAAAGAACUAUGUGAACGUUUUGGGGUGUGUAUAAGAAGUAAAGAUCAUUGCAGUGGAAUCACAUUAGUAUGGUUCACUUCUGCUAAAAGUCCUGCAUCAAUACAAAAAGCUAAUGAUGAUUUUAUCAGAACUUUUCAGGAAAAUGUAAAAGAUCUGAAACAGGAAACAAUUUCCGUAACAAACACAGACACAUUAAAGGAGACAGUAAUGAAAUUAAAUGCCAGGUUUAGUAAACUUCUUGCCAAAGAGGCAGUGAAUGAAUUGCUACUCCGUGGUCCAGUGAGUGAGAUUUUAGCUGCCAAAAACUUUCUAAGAGAGGAAGAUGAGAACAGCCAAGCUGAAAAGAAUAUGAAAAUAUCAUCUGAACUGUAUGAAUACAGGAAUGGAAUUGAAGUUGAUGCUUCUGUGUUUAAAUUGUUGGAAACAAUACUAAGCAAAGAAAUUGAAGACAUUAAAGACAAAUUUAAUACAGUAAUAGAAAAGAGAGACAGUUCAUAUGGCCAGAAGAUGCUCAUAAUAUUCACACCUAGAAUCAAAACUUCUGAUAUGUCUUCACAUGCUACAGAAAGUUUCAUCAAUGCAUUUCAGAGUGCCUCUGCAAUGUUAACAGAAAAACUCAUCAACUUGAAGCUUUCAGAAGGUCAGAAGAGAAGAUUAAAUAUGCUAAUUAAUGGAAAACAAUUGGAAGAUCUGCAUGUAAAACUUAAGAAGGAGGAAGACAAACUCAUCUUAAGUGGUUUACCAAACCAUCUUAAUGCUGCUGAAAAGUACAUUGUGAAUCAUCUUAUUGAAGACUCAACACAAAGUAAAAGUAGGACACCACUGUCCUCUGAUCUCAACUAUCAAGAAGCUACAGGAGAAUCUGAGAAGAAAUACAAUGGCAGGCAAAAGAAUAAUCCUUCUUCUGAAGGACAGUCUAAGGCAAAGACAGAAGAUGACAAAGAUAUGUGUCCAAUUUGCAUGGAGACAAUUAGUAAUAAAGAAAUACUGAGAAAGUGCAAUCAUGCGUUUUGUAAAAGUUGCAUCGACGAGGCCAUGACUUACAGGCAAACUUGUCCUAUUUGUAAUACCGUCUAUGGACUCAUGAAAGGAGACCAACCAGAGGGAACAAUGUCAACUAGAAAGCUGUCUUCAGCGCUCCCUGGUUAUCCCGGUUGUGGUACUAUUGAGAUUACAUAUACUAUGCAUGGUGGUGUUCAAACUAGCAACCAUCCAAACCCAGGGAAACCUUAUUAUCCAACUUCUCGAACAGCGUAUUUACCUGACAAUAAGGAAGGGCAAGAAAUUCUGCAGCUCCUCAGAAGAGCCUUUAAUCAAAAAUUGAUUUUCACAGUGGGGCAGUCACGGACUACUGGUGCGAAAGGUGUUAUCACGUGGAAUGAUAUUCACCACAAAACAUCCAGGACUGGAGGACCUACUAAUUUUGGUUACCCUGAUGCUGAUUAUCUGCAGCGGGUUCGAUCAGAAUUGAAAGCAAGAGGAAUUGAAUGAAGAAGUUUAUCAGCCGUCAACUCUUAAGUGUAAUAACUGAACAUAUAGCAAUUAAUUUACUAUUCAGGCACUAAGAAGAAAGAAGUUACUUUGUUCAACUGUCAUACUUAAAUCACUUGUAUUUUGCAGUCAGCUAAGUAAUUUUUUUUCAUCAAAUGAUAUAUGUUCUUUUUACACAUAAUUUACUUCCUUGAAUAAUGCUUCCCUAUAUGUGUAACCUUGACAGAUUUUGGGUCUUGUGAGUGCAGCAUCAGUACGUGUUGCACUUGUCGAAUAUCAGAUUGUGUAUCUUAUUUUACCAAUGAAUCUGAUCUGCAUUUUUUCCCACAAGUCUUCAGUCUGACCACUAAAACCAGUAGAUACACUACUAGCUUUUAUUCAACCAAACGCUUACGUUAGCUUUGAGUUAUUACGUCUGUCAUCAUGGAUAGCAUCAUGUAACCCAUCUGCUGAAAAAUUUUUACGCAGCUGUUACAGUAUCAGUUGUGAUCAGGUUAUGAUCUUUUGCUUCUUUUCCUUUUCAGGGUAUAAAUGGCAUUAGUGGUUUGGAUUUUAAACAUGAAAAUAGCAUGGAUAAUGUAUGAGGGGGUACGUGGGUGCUGUUGUAUUUUUAACCCUGCAGAAGUGCCAAACGCUCAGAGACACACUGGAGAAAUGAAAAGUAACAGUGCCUGUGGCCACUUCUGGUAACUGAGUCCUGGUUCUGUGCCUUUCACUGUGUUUAAGCUUAAAUACAACUUUUAAGUCAGCUUUGCAACUAUAAAACCAUGUUCUUCCAUUGCUUCCAAUAAUUGUAUGAUAAAGAUACUUUGUUGCUACUCUGUGCUGUCUAAAUAGUCUGCUAAUUACCUUUGUGGUGGUGUGAAACAAAUAGCUUUCACUUAAUGAAGCCAUAGUUGUUGGUGAGUUAAGCCAUUUUUGUUAGGCUAUUGAAUAUAAUUAAUAAAUAUAAAAAUACCAGCUGCUCA